CCGGCACUUGAACUAUACUCGAAAAAUCAUCGACAUGGCCCCAAAAUCGUCGCUCAAGUCGGCUUCAAAAUCGUCGAUUUCAAAUCCUGGAAAACGAACAUCGUUUUCUGCUGAUCUAAUUUCCAAGCCGAAGCCAAUACCGAAACCUGCGAAGGAGCCUGAAGUUAUUUCAGAAAAAAGUGAAGACUCGGAUGCCGAGGACGAUGAACAUCUUUAUGGUUUCUCAACAGACGAGGAUGAUUCAUCCGACGAUGAUGCAGUGGCUGACGAAGAGGUUGAUAUCGGGCGACUACCUACUGUCGCCAAGGAUGAUGCAACAGUAAAGAGGAAACUUGAGAAAGCGAAACGGCAUCCAACUCAAGACCGGGGUGUGAUAUACAUGGGUUGCCUACCACAUGGGUUCUACGAAGAUCAGUUGAAAGGAUAUCUCUCUCAAUUCGGGGAUGUAACAAGAUUGCGUAUCUCACGGAACAAAAAGACUGGCAGAUCAAAACACUACGGUUUUGUCGAGUUCGACUCGGCGUCCGUCGCGCAAAUUGUCGCAGAGACAAUGGAUAACUAUUUGUUGAUGGGCCAUAUACUUAAGUGCAAGAUAAUACCCAAGGAGAAGGUGCACCCCGAGUUGUGGGUAGGUGCAAAUAAAAAGUGGAAGGCCAUCCCAAGAGAUCAGAAUGUGCGGAAAGAACAUAACAAGCCACGAACCCAAGAAAGCAUGCGAAAAUCCGAGAAGCGUCUGAUUCAAAGGGAAAACGAGAGGAAGCGAAAGCUGGCCGAAGUUGGCAUUAAAUAUGAUUUCGACGCUGUCAGCUAUAAAAAGAAGCUGAAAACAGUGGCGUCAUAAUCUAAAUUGACAUGUACCUCGGUGUUUCAUCUAGCUAGGAAAUAUCAUGUCUUCUUAUAGCUCUUGCAGUGCUUGGAAACUUCCUCAUUUCAACUCGCGGAUACUCCUCUCGAUUGUCGAUUAAU